AUGCCUAAACGACAGACUCAUCCGCGUUUCACUCGCAAGGCUGCAUCAAAAACACAGUCACAGCCUCCUGAAGCUCGUCGCUCUGCAAAUUAUCGACCGUCUUUUUGGGAGCACGAUUAUAUCCUUUCCCUAGGUAAUACAUAUGAGAAAGAGGACAGCAUCGAGAGAGUUAAAUUGUUGCAGCAAGAAGUGAGUAAAAUGAUGAACGAAACAGAGGGUUUACUCGAACAGCUAGAGCUAGUCGACACUUUACAAAGACUCGGAGUUUCUUACCAUUUCGAAGGUGAAAUCAAGAAGAUUCUAACGAAUGUGCACGUAAAAGUUGCAAGACACGUAAACAGGGUAGAUCGGAAGAGAUCGGAAGACUUAUGCGCGACUGCCCUCAAGUUCCGACUCCUAAGGCAACAUGGUUUUAAUAUCUCACAAGAUGUAUUUGACGGAAAUUUUGGAGAUGGUUUGUAUGAUGAAGACAUCAAGAGUGUUCUUUCACUAUACGAAGCUUCAUAUCUCUCGACCAUAUUCGAUACUAAAUUGAAAGAGAGCAUAUACUAUACAACAAAACGACUUAGAAAAUUCGUGGAAAUGAAGAAGCCUGACACCAAAUCUUGUAUUCAAAAGAUGGUGAUCCGUGCGUUAGAAAUGCCGUACCAUCGGAGAGUUGGAAGACUAGAAGCGAGAUGGUAUAUAGACGUGUACGGAGAUACACAUGACAUGAACCCUGACUUGCUCGAAUUCGCCAAACUUGAUUUCAAUUUCGUGCAAGUUAUUCAUCAAGACGAGCUCAAAUCACUAUCUAGGUGA